GCCAGUGACGUAGAAGACCGACAUCCACGACCGUUCGCAAAUAAGAUAGGGGUCAGAUCAACGCCGUUCCGACUCGAGUAGCGGGGCAGAUUCCUGACGAAAGAAUAACGAAGGCGUGGGCAUACACGCGCGCAGCGGCGGGCCGCAACGAACGAGAGGACGACGAGCAUCGACGCGACGGGGGGAGCACAUCACUUUGAGCCUUACCUGCACUGGUCAAGCCCGGCGUGCGCCCCAUGAAUUGAACAUUUCCUCUUGACGAAGUCCGCGCAAACACGAAAAGGAUAAAGCAGCCAUGGACGACUUUGAUGAAUUCACAUCGUAUAGCUCGGGCAGGCCGCCGCCCGAGGGCACCUCGUCGCAUCGUCCAGUGACCCACUCAGCCAACCCCUACUACGCUUCUUCGUCGGGCCAGGGCCUGCACAGCCAGUCGGCGGGCGCCGAUCCGUUUUUUGGAGGGAGCACAGAGUCGCUCGGCCUCGGUCCUUUCGCGUCGGGGCAGCAAACACAACCGCAUCAGCGGGCUCCGCCCCCGCCCUCGCACGUGCUCGUCGACGCCGACGACCCGGACCUGAUGGGCGAUGAUGACCUCGAGGACUUUGGAAACUAUCCACCGGCAAAUUCGGCAAGAACAGCAACGCAGGGCCAUCGGCAGCAACAGCAGCAAUCGAGGCAGUACGACCCUUCUUUUCUUCAGAGCCAAAUGACCUUGGACGGGCCCAGCCGACAAAACUCAGAUCUAAGUGUGCCGCGACUGCCGUUUGCCAAUCACCAAAUCCACGACCGCGGCAGUCAAGAGAGUGGAUUGCCCCUUGCAAGCGCAGCAGCCAUGCCUGCCGGACACGAGGCUGCUUCGCCCUUCGCAGAUGUCUACAGCGCCAAUGGCGGCUUCAAAUCCAUCGAGGCGGACGACGAGCCGUACGAUUCGCCCGUAUCGCCAAGGUCAAAAAAGGCGCAUGCAACGCCGCUUUCGACAUCAGCUUCAGCAGGGCGAUCGAGGCGAGCACCUAGGGACUCUCCCCUGGACGGCCUUAGGAGGUCGUUCCGAACAAUGACCAACGACAUGCGUGGCAUGGUCUCCAAGAGGGGUGCAGGGCCAAAGCAGCCACAGGGAGAACGCAUCGUGCGGCUCAACGACCCGGUUACCAACGAUCGUGAGGGCAACUUCUGCGACAACUACAUAAGUACGAGCAAGUACAACAUCAUCACCUUUGUGCCCAAGUUUUUCUAUGAACAAUUCUCAAAAUAUGCCAACGUCUUCUUCCUCUUCACGGCCUGCAUCCAGCAAAUUCCAGGUGUGUCACCGACAAAUAGAUGGACGACCAUUGUGCCGUUGGGUCUGGUGCUGCUCGCCAGUGCCUUCAAGGAGAUCAAGGAAGACAUCAAGCGACACCAAUCGGACACGGAACUCAACGGCCGAGUGGCUCAGGUCCUGGAUCCAGGCAGUGGGACGUUUGAGCCGCGAAGAUGGCGGCAUGUCCGAGUGGGCGACAUCAUUCGGGUCGAAUCCAACGAAUUCUUUCCCGCCGAUCUCGUCCUUAUCAGCAGCUCGGAGCCCGAGGGCCUCUGCUACGUCGAGACAGCCAAUCUGGAUGGCGAGACGAAUCUCAAGAUCAAGCAGGCAUCGCCUGACACGGCUAGGCUCACUUCGCCCACCCCUGUGAGCUCCCUUCGCGGGCACAUGGCCUCGGAGCAUCCCAACAACAGCCUCUACACCUUUGAUGCCACUUUGCACCUCCAAUUGAGCUCCACGCCCGGCUUCAGUGGCAUGCCGACCAAGCAAGUUCCUCUGUCACCUGAACAGAUGCUGCUCCGUGGUGCUCAGCUGCGCAACACACCAUGGAUCUACGGCCUCGUCACCUUUACAGGGCACGAAACGAAGCUGAUGCGCAAUGCGACAGCAGCGCCGAUCAAGAGGACUGCCGUCGAAAAGCAGGUCAAUGUCCUGAUUCUGCUCCUCUUUGUCCUUCUCUUGGCUCUCUCGAUUGCUUCGGCCAUCGGGUCCAUCGUUCGCAACUCCGCUUACGCAAGUGAGAUGCAAUACUUGCUCCUCGCCGACGACUCAAAGGGCAAGGCAAGGAUCUUUGUCGAGGAUAUCCUCACAUUUAUCAUCGCCUACAACAACUUGAUUCCCAUCUCGCUGAUUGUCACCAUCGAGGUUAUCAAGUACCAGCAGGCCAUGCUCAUCAACUCGGACCUCGACAUGUACUACGCCCCCACAGACACUCCGGCCCUGUGUCGAACCUCGAGUCUAGUCGAGGAAUUGGGUCAGAUUGACUACAUCUUCAGCGACAAGACAGGCACACUCACGCGAAACGAGAUGGAAUUCAAGCAGGCCAGCAUCGGCGGCACCUCUUACACCGAUGUCGUCGACGAGAGCAAACAGGGUACGGGCGAGAUUGGGCCUGAUGGCCGCGAGAUUGGCGGACAGAGGACCUGGCACGAGCUGCGAACAAUGAUGAACGGCGAGGUGCCCGACGAUGGCAGCUCGGCGGUCAUUGACGAGUUUCUCACCCUUCUGGCCGUUUGCCACACCGUCAUUCCCGAGCAGCGUGAGGGUGGGCGCAUUGCAUUCCAGGCCAGCAGCCCUGACGAAGCUGCUUUGGUGUCGGGCGCACAGGGCCUGGGGUACGAAUUUUACGUGCGCAAACCGAGAUCCAUCUUUGUCAGCAUCCGUGGUGUCGACCAUGAGUAUGAGAUUCUCAAUGUGUGCGAGUUCAACAGUACUCGCAAGCGCAUGUCGACUGUCGUACGAGGUCCCGAUGGAAAGAUCAAGCUCUACUGCAAGGGUGCAGACACGGUCAUUAUGGCUCGGCUCAGCGAGAAUCAGCCCUACACCGAGCAAACGCUCAUCCACCUCGAAGACUUUGCUACCGAUGGGCUUCGGACGCUCUGCGUGGCAAUGCGCGAAAUUCCAGAGCAAGAAUACCGGCAGUGGGCUCGGAUUUACGAUCAAGCGGCCCAGACAAUCACGAACCGAGGCGAGGCUCUCGACAAGGCGGCCGAAGUCAUUGAACAGAACAUGUUCCUCCUGGGCGCGACGGCCAUCGAAGACAAGCUGCAGGACGGCGUGCCCGAAACGAUCCACACGCUCCAGACUGCAGGUAUUAAGGUGUGGGUCCUGACGGGCGAUCGACAGGAGACUGCCAUCAACAUUGGCCUGUCAUGCCGCCUCAUCUCAGAGUCGAUGAAUCUCGUCAUCAUCAACGAAGACAACUUGCACGACACAGCAGCCAUCCUCAACAAGCGUCUGGCCGCCAUCAAGUCUCAGCGGAGCGCUGGUGAGCUUGAGGAGAUGGCCCUGAUUAUCGACGGCAAGAGUCUUUCGUUUGCGCUGGAAAAGGAGCUUGCAAAGACGUUCCUCGAGCUGGCCGUCAUGUGCAAGGCCGUCAUCUGCUGCCGCGUAUCGCCUUUGCAAAAAGCACUGGUGGUGAAGUUGGUCAAGAAGAACAUGAGCUCGCUCCUCCUUGCCAUCGGCGACGGUGCCAACGAUGUCAGCAUGAUCCAAGCCGCUCACGUCGGAGUCGGUAUCAGCGGUGUUGAAGGUCUUCAAGCGGCUCGAUCGGCCGAUGUAGCCAUCAGCCAAUUCAAGUACCUCCGCAAGCUGCUCCUCGUCCACGGGUCGUGGAGCUACGCAAGGCUAAGCAAGAUGAUCCUCUACUCGUUCUACAAGAACAUCACCCUCUACAUGACGCUGUUCUGGUAUUCGUUCCAGAACUCUUUCUCGGGUCAGGUCGCUUUCGAGUCUUGGACGCUGUCGUUCUACAACGUCAUCUUCACCGUCUUGCCGCCCUUGGUCAUUGGUAUCUUCGACCAAUACCUGAGCGCGAGGAUGUUGGACCGAUACCCGCAGCUGUAUGGGCAGAUCUUCUUCAACAAGCGACGCUUCUGGGGCUGGACCGUCAACGCCUUCUACCACUCGCUCAUCGCCUACAUCUUUGUCACAGCCGCCUUCUGGGACAGCCCGCAACUCUCGGGCGGCUACACGUCGUACUCGUGGAUCUGGGGGACAGCUCUGUACUUUGCCGUCCUGAUCACCGUUCUUGGCAAGGCCGCGCUGGUAAGCGACCUGUGGACCAAGUAUACCUUUGCCGCCAUUCCUGGCUCGGCUGUCUUCACACUGGCCUUUGUCGCCGUCUACGCUGUCGUGGCGCCCCGCAUCGGCUUCUCAAAGGAGUACGACGACAUCGUCGGGCGCCUUUACGGAUUCAGCCUCACCUGGUUCUGCAUGGUUCUCGUGCCCGUCGUCUGCCUUUUGCGCGACUUUUCGUGGAAGUACUGGCAGCGGACCUACCGGCCAUCGCCACGGCACAUUGUCCACGAGGUGCAAAAGUACAACCUCCAAGACAGCCGGCCGAGAAUGAGCCAGUUCCAAAAGGCAAUUCGGAAAGUCAGGGCGGUGCAGAGGAUCAGACGGCAGAGGGGCUAUGCCUUCAGUCAGACAGAGGGCGACGGCGAGCAGGCAAACUUGAUCCGCAUCUACGAUACGAGUCUCAAGAAGCCGACUGGACGGUGAUCCGCCCGCCUGUCUCUCUGUUUUUGUCUCUCUCCAGCGCACGGGCGCAUUCUUGUCCUCCUUCUUGGUUCCCCCUCCACCGGUAUUCUAAGCUCUACCUACUGUAAAAUCCAUUUCCCUUUCGCUUUGACCACCUUUUCACGCUUCAUGUUUUGUGAAUGUCAUUUC